AUGGACGCGCCCCGCGGCGGCGGCGGCCACAUGCGGCGGCCGGGGCCCUCCGGCGCGGCGGCGGACCAGCGCCGCGCGGCCGCGGCGCAGGCGAUGGCGCGCAUGGAGGAGAUGAUGCUCGCGCACGCAGGCGCCGCCGGCGAGUUCAGUAUCAUCCUCGACGCCCCUCUGCCUUCGCUCCAGCAGUACCGCCGCAACCCCGCGCCGCCGUCGGGCGCCACGUCGGCCUCCUCCUCCACCAACUCCUCCCCGUUCCGACGCGGCGCGCAGGGCGGCGGCGGAGGACGGGACGAGGGAGUCCCCGCGCGCUUGCGCCGCGACGGGAGCGGGAGCGGGCACGACGCUCUUGACGACACGGACUCCGCCGCGGCGCGCACCUCUCGCCGCGGCGCGGGCGCGGCACGGCCGCGAGCGGGUGGCGCGCGCCGCGAGCGCGAGCAGGAGGAGACGGUAGAGGCGCCGGUGCGGCUGACGGACCCGCGGAGCGUACGGAGGCCGGUCUCCCGCGGCGCGACGCCUCCACCGAGGUCCACCGAGGUGAGACGCGUGGCGGCUCAGGAGGAGGAACAGCGUGCCGUGCGCCGCGAGCGCGAGCAGGAGGAGACGAUAGAGGCGCCGGUGCGGCUGACGGACCCGCGGGUCGUUCGGAGGCCGGUCUCCCGCGGCGCAACGCCUCCACCGAGGUCACGCGUGGCGGCUCAGGAGGAGGAAGAGGAGACGCCGCUUCAGCUGCUGGCACGCGGCGGGCGGAGCUCAAGCGCGACGAGGCCUGCAGAAGCGCCGCAACUGACGGUAGCGCCGCAAGCGUCAGAGACCGUGGCUGCUGCCAACCUGCCUGCCACAAGGCCCUCUAGUCGGCGGUCGAGGCGGGACGUCGGCGUGAAGCAAGUUGUGUCUGAGGUAGCGUCGAGCGUGGACUCUGACGUGGAGAGCGUCGGGCGGUGGAGCAGCCGAGGGAGUGAGGACGGUGGGGAUGAGGCAGUGUCGUUGCCCAAGCCUUUGGCGGCCGUCGUCGCCAGGGACCGGAGCAGGAGCAAUUCGCCCGCGAUAAGUAAUGUCAAAGAUGAUAGCUUACCAUUUGUUAUCUCAAGCAAUUCGUUUGAAACAACUCGGAAUUUAGCUAUAGCAAAGAAAGAAACAAGUCUGGAAAAAAGAAGGUCAACCUUUGCACCUCCAGUUGGCGUUAGUGUGAGGCCUCUACAAGCUGUGGAAAUUCCCAAUGGGACACCUAAGGAUAGAAGGGCUGUUUAUCCAGAUCCCACUUUUGCCCAGUCCGCACGGUCACGGGACUCACAUGACAGUUCAACACUAACAGAAGAGCUUGAAAUGCUAAAAGAUGAGAACGUAAAUCUUCUGGAGAAGCUUGGGCUAGCAGAAGAGAAACUUAGACAAUCUGAAGCCCGGACAACGGAGCUUGAGAAACAGGUUGCUAAUCUCGGCGAUGGGUUAUCUAUGGAAGUAAAACUUAUGAAAAGGAGGGAGGAGAUGCUUGUAAGAAAGGAGCAAGAGAUAAGAAAAGCUCUUAUAUCCAAGAAUGGUAAAAGUGAGGAACUCACCACUCUUCAACAACAGCUACAGUCUGCAAGAGAAGAAGCAUCUGCUGCUGUGAAGAAACUCAAAGAAACUGAAUCCGAAACACAAGAGUUACGUACAAUGACACGCAGGAUGAUCUUAAGCAAAGAAGAAAUGGAAGAGGUUGUCAUGAAGAGGUGUUGGUUAGCCCGUUAUUGGGGCCUGGCUGUCCAAUAUGGCAUUUAUCCAGAUAUCUCAAUGUCAAAACAUGAAUACUGGUCUUCACUUGCACCUCUUCCGUUUGAGUAUGUAACAUCGGCUGGACAGAGAGCUAAGAAUGGAUCUGAAACAGAAAGUAAUGGUUUGGAAGACGUAGACAAGCUUGUUCAUGAUUUGACUGUUACAGCAGGGGAAGGCAACGUAGAAACCAUGCUUGCUGUUGAUAAAGGACUUCAAGAACUAGCUUUCCUGAAGGUUGAGGAUGCGGUACUUUUUGCCCUUGCCCAACACCAUCGUUCAAAUGUUGCUGGAGCAGCUGAUCCAGAUAUUAAAUCAUCUGGGGAUGAAAAAUUCACUGAAGCAUUUGACCUAAGCAAGGAGGAGGAAGAAGAUGUACUGUUCAAGCAGGCUUGGCUCAUCUACUUCUGGAGGAGGGCUAAAACCAACAACGUGGAAGAGGAUAUUGCUGAGGAGCGAUUGCAGAUGUGGAUCGAUCGACACGGCCAGCAACCAACGUCACAUGACGCUGUGGAUGUUGAGCAAGGCAUCCACGAGCUGAGGAAGCUGGGCAUCGAGCAGCUCCUCUGGGAGCUCUCCCGCCAUGAGGCGAACCUCGCGAAAGACGAACCGUCGGAUGUCGAGGACCUGACCUAA